GGCAGUGCACCAGAUGAGAGGAGAGAGGACGCCCCCUGUCCCCGCCAGCAGCCCUCACUGACCAUCAAUCACCCAGGGCCAUUGUGGUCCUGUCCAGGGUAGCCUACGGCACAGACACCCAGCCCAGCCACCCAGCCAGUCAGGCAGAGGAGAGGAGAGAGGGGGCAGGGAGCUGUAGCCUGCAGGGAGAAAGUACGGGGGAAAGAAUGGCAGUCGGGGAACGGCCUUCUUCGUGUUCCUCUCCCCAGCCGGCAUUGCUGGGCUUGGGGGCAGCUCUGCUCUCUUUCUGCAUCUCCGCUGUGCUCUCCCAGGUCCCGGAUCCAGAGCUUUUACCGACAGAUCCCCCAAAGAAGCCAGACCCAGUCACUUCAGAAACAGUUGUAUUCUGGGGACUGCGGUUAUGGCAAGUCAUUGGUAUCUUCUCUAUGUUUAUUCUAGCAGUCAUCAUCACCUUAUGCUGCAUCUUCAAAUGCCGUAUCCCCAGGACGAAGAAGGAGAUAGAGGCGCGACAUGCUCAGAGAGUAGCAGCUAAGGACUACGCCAACACACUGGAGACUGUGCCUCCUCUCAACGAGCUCACAGAGAUCCCAGGAGCUGUAGUUGUGGAGAAAAAAGAAGAGGUGACAACAGUCUCGGGAAAAGUGGACGGUGAAAAGGGGGGGAAGAAGACCAAGGAGAAGAAAGAGGGAAAGGGUGCCAAGGAGGGAAAGGAUGAUGAAAAGGAGGGAUCUGCUAACAAAAAAGGGGAAAAGGGAGAAAAAGGGGAAAAAGGGGGAGGAAAGAAAGGAGAAGCAAGUGAAGAAAAAGGGAAGAAGAGUAGAGAAGGGGAGAAAGGAGGAGGUGCAAAAGGAGGUGCUAAGGGGGGAGCUAAGAAACCUCCUUCGAAAAAGUAAACACUAGGUCGGAAACACGAAUUGUGCUAAACAACUUUUCAUAAGUAAUUUUUUUAGUUGUCAAUUUUGUAUUAUUAUUAUUUUUUUAAUGAUUGUAUAUAAUGACAAAAAAGUACAUAUUAACUAUAAAACAAUCUUUAACCCUUGUGUUGUCUUCAGGGACAAAAAUUACACGCCACUAUUAACAGCAGAGCGAAGCCCCGAAAUGAUCUUUUUUCAACUUGAAAUUUGAUUACUUUUCCUAAUAAAAAGUGAAACAUUGUC